GCCAUCAGGGCUCCAAGGAUGUUGUGGUGGAGCCAUGGAAGAUAAAAGCUGACAGAUAAAGCUGAAAACAAAAAGAUAUUCGUGUAGUUUUGGGCAAAACAGAACUGUUGGCACCAUGCUGGUUAAAUUCUGAUGUGAUUAACUGCCUUUACUGCUUUGUCUCCUUUCUAUUUAUUUCAGAGAUCUGUCUGGGAUGCUGUAGGAUGGCUCCUCAUCCUCCUGCUAGCCAGGAUUGCCUUUCAACAUCAGCUGAAGGACCCACAGUAAGGCCUGAUCAUUCUCAGUUGGUAACUGCAAAUGGAGACCCAAGGCUUGAGGUGCAAGCUGCAGAGCUGUGAAAAACCCCACUCAGUGUGUCCUGCAGACUUCUCUGUGGCAGGUUUUGGAAGCACAGCUCAUGGAGGAGAUGAUGAAUGUCACUGCACAUCAUCAGUGAAACAGUCUGGCUCAUCCUCUUGGCUCUGGCUGCCACAGAAGGGUCCUUCCUGGAAUCUCUGUGACAAACCUGGAUGGAACAGAUACUAAAGAGCUCCAAGGAAUCAGGAGAGAAUGUGUGGCCCUUCCAUAGCGCUGCUCUCCUGCCCGGCAAUCCCUUUGCCUGGGCAUUUCCAAGUAGGAGCUUGGUAGGUGCUGUGUAUCUGCCAUGGCAAAGGUUUCCCUUUUCUCCUUGGCUAACAAAAGGCUCUGUCAAGUUAACAGAAGGAUGAAGAGAAGUAACACCAGGUAUGUAUCUAAAUAAAGCAGGAGAAGAACUGUUACAGAGGAGACAAUACACAAAAAGGAGAGAAAGGAAGAGAAGCAUCUGAUUUUCAGCAGCUCCUCACAGGACCCUGUGGUUGUCCCACUCCUGCAGCUAAAAAUGGGACUGCACUUCUCUGAUCUUCUCUGAUUUCACUCUCCAGUCAGUCAGGAGCAGAGAGGAAAGCACUAUGAGGCCACAUUUUCCCAAGUGUAAGACAGAACAGGAUGAUUUAUACCACUCAAGAAGCAGGCUUAUGUCUUGCAUUCCCUGCAGCACUUUUCAGCCCAAAGGAUGCCAAAUGGCACAUUUGUCCUGCCAGAGAUGUCAAGAGCAAUGGUUUCUGAUGUUAAGGCAGUGGGAAGAGUAUGGGAAAGUCCUUUACCAAGAAAUAUUUCACUUCUGGCCCUAAAAUUAGUGGAUCCCCACGGAGAUGUGAUUCUGUAAUUCAUUUCUCUGCAGGGCCUGAGUUUUGCUGCCAGAUGUGACGUGCUGAGAUAAUAUGCCUGCAAUUUUUUUUUUGCCAGGGGUAUGGAGAGGAAUUUGGGCUUUGUGAUUCUUGUGUUUCUUUCUCUGGAGCAGUGGAGAGUCCUUGAAUGCUCCUAUUCCUGGCAGCUGUCAGGGACAGGAGCUGGAGAAGCUGCUUUUCUGAUGGGAGGCCAACUAGCCACGAGUUUCAUAAAUUACCUCUUCACCUGUCUGCAGUGCUGCCCCGCUCCUUGGAGGACCAGCUCUGUGAGAGAUUCCCAGUCAAGGAACAGAACUUUUUUCUUCAUUUCCAUCAAACAAAUUUUAAAAGGGGCGGGGGGAAAUUCCACAUCUUAGCCCAGAAGUGGUGUCAGUCUGUCUCUCUGUCUGUCAGCUCCGGGGUGAUGUGCUAGGCUUCCUGCUGGGGUGGCACAGACAAAAGGCUGCUCAGGGAGGCAUUUGGAUAAAGGAUCCCUGCUUCUUUCCAGCCUGUGUAACUCCAGAUGAUGUUUCCAGCCAUUGUUGCUGGGAGUGUAUUUUUCUGUGUUUUUUUAAAAUUCUCACAAAUGAAGAGGCUCAUGAGUGUUCUCAGCAUUGUGUGGCUGAGGAAGGAAAGCUGGGAGCAGAGCAUUUCAGUGGGAUGGGGUGAAUGUGAAGAGCUCGAGGAGCAGAAAAGGCUGUGUGAUGGCAGAUUUGGUCUGCUCCUCUCUGUUCAGGGAGAUUUAUUAUCACCCAGAGCUGUGGCCAGAGGGAACAACUCAAAGCCAAGCCCUCACUAUGCUUACAGGAGGAUCUGAAACAGGUCCCAGCAUCCAGAGCCUGUAACAGGGUCAGAUUCAGAGCACUUUGCCCUCACCUCCCAGUGAUUGCUCCAGUCAAAGACAUUCCAUGGGUGUGGGCACUGCUGGAGGACUCUCCCCCUGGUCCCAUUACCAACUGGGAGAGGGGGAAAUAAUCUGGUUUGGACCCAUGUCAUCUACUGGCCCUCCACAGAUCCAAGGCAGUUUCUUUAUAGGGGCCUGAGCUGGCUGGGCUGGACACCAAGCACACAAAUCAACACUAAUGAAAAGCUGACAGGGUUUGCAAUCUCUGUGGGCACUGAGCAGUCACUUGCUCAUUCCACCAUCAAAACCACUGUGUCUUUCCCUCCUGGAGCAUUUCACCCCAUGGAGAGAACAGGCUCACAAAGCUGCUCCCUCACUCCUGGCACACUUCACUGGGGCUUUGCUCUGUGAAUGUCCAAGAACUCUGGGCAUUCUUGAAAGUGCCACUGUAUCAGAUGUGGGGGCUUUGCUUCAACAAACACUGUUGUCUCUGGCUGCUUGUUUAGUUUUUGAGAGAAGGUUUGGUGCAGAAGGGAAGGAACUGGCUGGAAAAUGGCCAGUGAGUGUGGAAUUAUGGCAAGCUUGGGAGUUUCUGGGCUAUCAGUUUCAUUUGGUAAAAACAAGACAAACAGCUGUUCAAAGUUUUCUCUUGUAAUUUCUUCCCCUCCAGAUUCCCAGCCUGAAUGCAUUUGUUUCUGAAGAUGACUGCUGAACAGGGAGGGAAAAAACAAGAACCUAAGGUUGCCAAGCCUUUGCUUGCCCCAAGGCAUGACCACUGAGCAGCUGCAUGCUACAGACAAUGUCAUUCUUUUUCUCCCCCACUUAUAACUCAGUUCUUACAUCAUCAAAUAAUACUGUGAACAUAUCCAAACACCCCCAGCUUCUUUAGCAGCUUUAUUCCAUUGAUUUCCAGUCAAACAUUGGUUUUGGUAGGUUGUAGGCAUCACUGAAAGACAAGUUUAUCCUGCAGCUAAGAUUCAUUGAUCUGUAGACCAGUUCUGUUUCUGAGCACAUCUUGUGAUGUUCUGUUCUGUGGAGCAGAGACAUGGGAGAGUGGAAAGCACACAAGGCACAGGCAAGCAAACAAGAUUUGGUGCACAGCCCAGUGAAGAACGUGCACACAGAAAAGUUUAUGGCACAGUUCAAAUGCCAGCUUGCCCGCUGACACCCUCAACACACACAGUGUAGGAUUUAAUGACAAAUCAAGUUUGCUUAUGAAUUAAAAAAAAAAAAAAACAAUAAAAAAACUCCAAACACCACUCUAGACAAAUCUGCCUUUUAUAUGUCCAGGAUGUAAUUAAGGAUUAGUGAAGUGCCUUUUAUAUGUCCAGGAUGUAAUUAAGGAUGAGUGAAGUGCACGUGGAAUUAAAUGGAUGUUGGAGAUCAGAAGGGCUGACAGAAAAUCAUCUUCACUCAAUGAUCCCAGGUGGAGUUUGUUUAAAUAAAAGAGUCAUCUUGUUUUUACAGUACUGAAGGAUGGAAGAACUUCUGCUGUGGGCAUUGAUGCUGAGACUGGACACACCAGCAGUGCUGGGCUUGGAGUCUCCACACCAUAAAUGAAGCAGCAUCUCCUGAGAUUGCAGUUCUGCCUCUUCCUUGGCAAUUCCAGCUCCUUGUUUGACUUGGCAAAGACAAAGGUUUUCAGGAAAUUGAACAUUUUCCAGCAUGCCCCAGAGACACAACAAGUGGACCCCCAAGAGCAACAGGGUUUGAACUGUUCUGAUAAUGGGAACUCCAGGAGCAUUUUAAAGGUGACUUUGGGAGGACACAUCACAAGCCUCAAUGAUGUGGUGGAGAGCACACCAAGAAAAGGAAAGGAGGAGCAGAAGGAAACAGUGAAACCAGUUAUGAGUGUUAAGGAAGAAAAGGGGAACAUGGCUGUGAAACCACCACCCCAGUUGGAGGGAAUCAAGGAGACAACAGUGAAAACAACCCCUGUGGUGCAGGAAAACAAGGGGAAAACAGUGAGGCCAGCUCCAUGGGUGGCAGAAGCCAAGGAAAAGACAACAGUGGAAUCACUUCCCUUGGAGAAGGGUGGCAAGGAGAAGGCAACAGUGAAACCAUCCUCUGGGGUGAAGGGAGCACAUGAGAACAACACAUCCCCAGACCAAGCAAGCCCCAAAGCUCCUCCUGCAUCAAUGAAAACUGUACCACCUACUCCUCAGGCUGCUGCUGUGACACAGAAGAGGAAACUGAGCGCUGUUAACUUCACAUCUGAGCCACAGUGGGAUUUUGAGGAUGAGUACCUGCUGGAUAGCUCAUCCCCAGCCUCGACCUGCUCUGAAUCAGUGAGGGCCAGGGCUGCCAAGUCUGCCUGGCUGAGGGAUCUUUUCCUGCCCAGCAUCACACUCUUCAUGGACAGGAGACACUUCAAUGACAGUGAAUGGAACCGCCUGGAGCAUUUUAUACCCCCCUAUGGCUUCAUGGACCUCAAUUAUUCACUGGUAAAGGAGGUCAUAUCCCUGCUGCCCCCAAAGCCCCACCAGCAGCUGCUCCUGGCCAACCAUGACAGCAGCAUGCCCACGUGCAUCAGCUGUGCUGUCGUGGGCAAUGGAGGAAUUCUGAAUAACUCUGGGAUGGGCCAGGAGAUUGACUCCCAUGACUAUGUCUUCAGGCUGAGUGGGGCUCUAAUCAAGGGCUAUGAAAAAGAUGUGGGAACAAAAACUUCCUUUUAUGGAUUCACAGCCUACUCCCUGGUUUCCUCUCUUCAGAUCUUGGGACACAGAGGGUUCAGGAACAUCCCACGGGACAAACAUGUCAGAUACAUUCACUUCCUGGAGGGAGCAAGAGACUAUGAGUGGCUGGAGGCUCUGCUGUUCAACAAGGACAUCAGGAAAGGAUUCCUGAACCUCAGCGGGCAGAAGCCCCGGCAGAAAUUUGAUGAAGAUUUCACAAUGGACAAAUACCUGGUGACUCACCCUGAUUUCCUCAGAUACAUGAAAAACAGGUUUUUAAAGUCUAAAAAUUUGCAAAAGCACUACUGGAGACUGUACAGACCCACAACAGGGGCCUUCCUGCUGCUGACUGCACUCCACCUCUGUGACCAGGUCAGUGCCUAUGGCUACAUCACAGAGGGGUAUGAGAAGUACUCAGAUCACUACUAUGACAAGAACUGGAAAAAGUUGAUUUUCUACAUUAACCAUGACUUCAACCUGGAGAAGCAGCUGUGGAAAAGGCUUCAUGAUGAGAAUAUAAUGAAACUUUACCUGAGAACCUGACUGCAGCCUGGGAAAUCUCAACAACACCUCACAGAGAACAGAAGAGGAUCACCAGAGCCAAGGUCAGCUCUGCACGGCUAGGCACAUUUCAUCCCCACAAAGACAUUUCCCUCCUUCAGCAGCUCUGUAAUUUCACAACACUUCAACAAAUGUGUGAAUGCUGCAGACCCAAAGACCAACAGGAAAUGCAGCCUGCAAAUAAAUCCCACCUGGCUGUGCUGCAGGGCUCUUGCUGGUUGUUGUAGGCAUGGGUAUUAUGAUAGCAGAAUCCAGGAUGGAUAUGGUCCUGUGUGUAAUUUCUCUCUUUCCAAGAAGAUGCUCCUCAGGCUGGGGCCACUUCUCUUCUGGGUGGAUCCUCUCCAUUUGCAAUGCCCAUUUUGGAGCUGGGUGUUGUCUAAACAAACUCCCUGAGGAGCUGGAAUGGAUGGAGGUGGAAACACAGAUUCUGCUUCAGGUUGACUUUAUUUCUUGGGGGGAGGGGGCUGCACUCACUCUGCUCCCUGGAGAUAAAAAGGAUGGACUGGACGCUUCCAGGUGACCAAUUUGAGAGACAAUGAGUUUCACUUCUGCUACCUAGAAUGGCCUUGCUCUGACACUUCCAGAGGAGCACUGCCAUCAACUCCAGGGCAGGCAGCUGCUCUCCAUGGUGCAGCACACCUCCUGUACCUGCUGUCUCUUGCCCAGGGCUCCCCUGGCUGCACAAAAUGUGAAUUUUGCGGCAUGGACCUGAUGUGCCAAGUCCUUGCACAGCUGGACUCGGUCAUGCUUGGCUCCCAGCUGUGUUUGUCCUGUUGGAGGUGGAAGCUCUCCAAGCCCAGGGAUGGAUGCCAUGUGUCAUUGCUGCUGGCUGAAGGGCCUGUCCCCCACGGUGCUGAGAGGGGCCCAGCUGCAGCCAGCACACCUGGGGUGUGUUGGCCUCCUGGAAGGGGUUUUGUAAGCAAAAUAAAUGGCACUGCUUUGGCCAAGCUGAUCUUUCA